GAAGCAGAAGCUCGCACAGAUGCUGCAGCACAGCUUCAGGCAGCCAUGGCUGCGGCGGAUGCAGCGCUACAAAGCACGAUGCCAGAAGAGGGGCUCGGGUCUGCUAUCGAGGAUCUAGGACGAGCUCUACGGCGGGCCGAGACCUGCGAGGUCUCUCCGGACUUGGUGCAGCAAGGCCGUGACAAGCUCGAGGAAUGCCAACGGCGGCUACAAACGCUGGAAGCUGGCCGAGCCGAAGCUGCUCUGCUCGAAGCGAUGAAGGGCAGCGACAUGUCGCAGCUGGAGCUCGCGAUCGACAGGGCCAGCUCUGCUGGCGUCAGAGCGGAGGUGAUUGACCGUGCGCAAGAGCAUCUUCGUGGUCUUGAGGCAAAGGAAGAAGCAGCUCGGGCGACUCUGCUGGCUUUGAACGAGCUCCUGGCGGCCAUGAAGCUGUCGGAUCUGCACGCAUUGCAAAAGGCUUUGGAUGCGGCGAAAAGUGGUGGCGUUAGUGAUGAGAUUUUGCUCCAAGGUGAGCAGAAGCUGGCAUUCUUGUUGGAACAGCAGGAGGCGGAGGCACAGCUGCUGAAGGCCAUCACUGGAGACAUGGCAACACUGACGGCUGCCCUGGUUCGCGCAGAAGCCGCCAAAGUUGAUGGGCAGGUCUGCGCGCGCGCACGGGACGCCCUGUUGCGCAUGAAGCGGUACGAGGCGGAGCACGCGACGGAGGAGCUCAUCGCAGCCAUGGCCGGCGAAGAUGCGAAGGCCCUCGAGCUGGCUUUGCUCCGAGCGCGGGAGGUCGAGGUCGACGCCAACCUGAUCCAGGAUGCGGAGGCGGCGCUGCAGGACCUCCGAGAGCUUGCGCAGCAUGGUCCGGAACGCCGCGAGGCAGAAGCAGAACUUCAGGCUGCCAUUGACACUGGCGACCUGGUGCUUCUGGAAGCUGCGCUCGCAAAAGCGCGGGCUCUGAGGGUCUCAGAGGAGGUGCUGCGAGCCGCUCAAUCCGUGCUGACAGCUGCUGAAGCGCAGUCGGACCUCUUCAGAGCCAUGGAUGGUCGCAACAUCCAGGCCCUCAUGGCCGCCCUGCAGCGAGCGGAGACUGCUGGUGUGGACGCCGGCUAUCUGCACAUGGCUCAGGAACGAUUACGUGCUCUCCAGGAGGCCCAGGCAGAUCACGCAGAGGAUGACAUCCUGCACACUUUACAGCAACGUGAGCAUGACUUCGACGUACCGAGGCGACCUUCGCUUCACCACGCGGACAGCUCCAGCCACACGUCGCUCGAUGCCAGGCCACCACGUGCAACAUACAUGACUCAGCGCAGCGAAGGCUCUGUCGAAGGGUCAGGGCCAGAGGGAAGACCCCAGGAGCAACAGCAAGGACAAAAAGAAGGCUCCAUUUCGGCCGUCGCUUAUGGGUCAGACCCUCAUCGAUGGCGGCACACUCAUGCUUUGGAAAUCUGGGCAGUCGAGUGGUCCUGCUCCCAGGCCAGCCUCCACAGAUCCACCAGCAGGAGAGAGGCCCGGCUCUUCCGAGCAGGCUGCCGAGAACUUCCCGGGAUCCGGCUUCAGGCAAGCGGAUGCCAGACCUGGCUCGGCGUCGAACACAAGGGGACCCUUGCCCGAGCGCCCCCGCUCGGCUGCAGCUACGCGGCCCCCGCCCAGCCGGCCGCUCUCGGCGAAACCGCGGUAAGGCUGCAGCUGCUCGCACAAGACCUGCACGCAGUUGAGGAAAAACGCUUCGCCUACACGACACCCAAGAGCUUCCUGGAGCUGAUCAAGCUCUACUCCGGCAUGCUCGGGAAGCAGGUCUUUGCCCUCGCGGACAAGAAGUCGAGGUUGUCCUCCGGUCUCAUCAAGCUGCGGGCCACACAGGAGGAGGUGGCGAACCUGGAAGAGGACUUGCAGGAAAAAGCCGUCAUCGUGAAGGAGAAAGCUGAGAAAGCCGACACAUUUGCAGAAGAGGUGGGCCGUGAGAAGACGAAAGUGAAUACCGAGGCGGAGAAGGCCAACAUUGAGGCUGUGAAGUGCGCCCAGAUUGCUCAGCAGGUCGCCGAGAAGAAGGAAGACUGCAUGCGAGAUCUCGAUGCUGCCUUGCCGCUGGUAAACCAAGCCGAGGCAGCGCUUGAUGUGCUGGACAAGAAGGAGUUCAACGAGUUGAAGGCGCUAACGCGGCCGCCAGAUGAUGUGGCAAAAGUCUGCGAGACUGCGUUGCACCUGCUGGCGGGCAUCGAUCCUGCGAUUGAGACGGAUAAGAAGGGCCGAGCCAAGGACAAGACCUGGAAAGGAAUACAGAAAAUGAUGACCAACCCGGAGAAGUUCCUCGCUCAACUCAAGGGCUUCAAGCUCGUAAUUGACGAGGGCAAAGUUCCGCCGCAGAACGUCGAAGAGGCCCGGAAAAUCAAAGAUGGGCUCGGUGAGGACUUCUACCCAGACAACAUGAAAAAGAAAUCCCAGGCAGCUGGAGGCCUCAGUGAGUUUGUCAUCAAUAUCAUCAAGUACUACGAUGUGGUCUGCCAAGUGGAGCCCAAAAAGAGGUCGCUGCAAGAGGCCACUGAAACGUUGGAGAAAGCCAACGAACGUCACAGAGAGGUGACAGGGAUGGUCAAGGACUAUGGUCGACAGGGACGGCCUGCAGCCGUGUCCAGCUUCGCCAUGUCCCGUGCCGUAUGGCGCCCUUCGGCCCUGGCUGGCCUUGGUCUUCUAGCUCGCUCUUGGAGCGUGUCCUUCCUCGCACCCUUGGAUGCUCCGAGACUGAACGCUUCUCCGAGAUCAAGCACUGCAUCAGCUCUUUCAAGAACUUCCAGAUUUCAAGGAAAGACCUUCUCGCGGUCCUCGGUCACGGCAGCGUGCUUGCCAGAAACCUUUGUGCCUCCGACGCGCGAUGGCAAUGAAGGCGUAUACGUUUCUGAAGACAGCUGUCUCGCCGAACUCGCCGGCAGCAUCGAGAACCUGGGGACGUGGCAGCAUUGGUAUCGACCGCCGUGGUUCCUCAAGCAGGGCGAUCUCAUGACGCUUUUUGCCGCCUUGUGCAGAUCAUCUGCAGACCUCACCUUCAAGCGCCACAUCAUAACAACCAAAGACAGCGGAGCUCUGGCAUUGGACCUCGUCGUGAAGGACAGUCGUGGCAGAACUGCGCCCGGCAUCGCCAGCCAAGCUCCUCUUGUGCUGCUCCUUCCAGGGCUGGGCGGGAGCAGUCAGGGUGGCUACGUCAAGAAUAUGGCCAAUAAGCUGACCAGUUCCGGUUUUGCGGUCGGUGUUCUCAACAUGCGCGGCUGUGCUGGCUGCUCCCUUCGAACACCGCGCUUUUUUUCAGCCUAUCGAGGGUCCACAAAUGAUGUGAGAGAGGCUGUCGAUUAUGUGCGAAGCCAUCUCGUCAAGCCUUCUCAGAAGGAAAAGCCCGUCUUUUUGCUGGGUUGGAGUUUGGGAGCCAACAUCCUGAUCAACACACUUGCAGAACAGGGCCGUGACACCCGCUCGCUUAAAACGAAGUCCUUCGUCAAUGGUGGAGUGGCUCUCUGUGCCACUCACUGUCUGGUUCGUUGUGGUCAACAGGCCCGGGACCAUUGGGUCACAAAGUACGUGUACAGCCGUUUUGUGACACGAAACUUGCGAAAUUGCUUACAGCCGCUGUCUCGCUAUGGUGGACCUGUACCAGGCUGGAAUGGAACCGACAUGCGUGUCGACAGUCUCAGACUGCAGUCAGCGCAGGAGGUUUUCGACAUAGAUGAAGCCCUCAUUCGGCGCAUGUUUGGGUACAACUCAGUGGAUGAAUAUUACUACGAUGCCAGCUCGUGUCGCCGGGUGGAACAGGUGGCUGUGCCGCUGUUGAUGGUUAGUGCUGCAGACGACCCCAUGAGCACCGGAUGGGUUCCUUUCGGCAAGGUGCGCGCCAAUCCCAACAUCAUGCUGGCCUACACAUCUCAUGGAGGACACCUUGGUUGGCAGGAUGACUCCAAUGCGUUGCGGUCCGGAUGGGUGGAAGAAGCAACAGCUGCUUUCCUCCAGAAGCUCAAGACGCCCUGA